AAAUACAAUCAAGCAGAAAGUAAUUACAAGAGACUCUGCUUCACGUUGAAAUCUGCUAUUUCGUUGUUCUCUUCCGACAGCACCGUGAAUUGCAACUAGAGGCAGGAAGAUUAUAGCAUAGCGACUAUUGAACUUCUCGGAGAGCAACUUGCCCAAUCUACGAUAGUCGAGAUGGAAGACGCCGAUCCUCUUCGUGCUGAGAGGGACGGCGAUGUUGAUAUGGGUACGAACAACGAAAAGGAGGUAGAAGAACCUCCGCCUAGACUAAUGAUUACAAAAAUGGUAAGCUGUUGGAUCGUUGAUUCCGUAGCCGAAUAGAACUUGAUGCGGAAAUAUUCAAUAUUUUUUUCUCAUUUCUUGAUCGUCCUCUACUUUGCAGACGCUGGAAAACUUCAAAUCGUAUGCUGGAAUAAAGGAGAUUGGACCUUUUCACAAAUGUUUUUCUGCUGUGGUGGGACCAAAUGGCUCGGGAAAGUCGAAUGUGAUUGAUGCUAUGCUUUUUGUCUUCGGAAAACGUGCUAAGAAGCUUCGGCUAAACAAGGUGUCCGAGCUCAUCCACAAAAGUGACGGUGUCAAAGACAACCCUCCUCAGUUCGCGCGAGUUUCUGUUCACUUCCAGGACAUUAUUGAUACGGGCAGUGGUGAUGAAGAUUACCGUGUACUUCCUGAUACCGAGGUAGUCGUUACCCGCAUUGCCAAAAAGGACAACACAUCAACCUACAAGUUAAACGGAAAGAAUUCAUCUUUUAAAGACAUCGCGAAGUUUUUAGAUUCGAAAGGAAUCGAUCUAGAUAACAACCGCUUCCUUAUUCUACAGGGGGAAGUAGAAAUGAUCAGUAUGAUGCCACCAAAGGGRAAAACAGAAUCUGAUGAAGGUCUCUUGGAGUACUUAGAGGAUAUCAUUGGGUCUUCGAAAUUCGUCGAGGCAACCAAUGAAGCCGCAGAAAGAGUGGAUGGUCUCUCUGAAGUAAGACAAGAAAAAUUGAAUAGAGUCAAAGCAGUUGAACGGGAAAAGGAAAAUCUAGAAGGGGCAAAACAAGAGGCAGAGGCCUUGUUGGGGAAGGAACGAGAGAUAAGGCGCAAACAAAAUAUUCUUUACCAAAUUCAUGCUAUGCGAGCCGACAAGGAUUCGACAAAGUACACACAGCAGCAGGAAAAACUUUCGGAACAGCUAGAAAUCGAACGUGAGAGAGUAGCUCAAGCCCGAAAGCGAAUCGAAGAAAUUGAAAGUGGUCUGACAGAGCAGCGCAAAGACUACGAUGCUUCUUACCAGGAACUGAAGCGAACCAAAGACGAGUUUAGUGCAUAUGAGCGACGGGAUAUUAAGUUACGAGAAACCAUUAAGUAUGAACGGACAAACAAGAAGAAAUUACAGGACAAGAUAAAAGCGGAAGAAAAGAAGGAGACUAAGGCAGAAAAUAAAAAAGCCAAGGCGGAAGAAAGUGUUCCAGAAUUAGAGGACGAAAUCGAACGUCUCGCUGAGUCAAAAGCUGAAGAAGAUUCUAAGCUGGAAAGAAUCGAAGAAGAAACAAAAGUUGUCACCCAGAAUAUUCGUCGAGAGCUAGAAGCAAAAGCAGCCGAGUUAGCACCUGUCAAACAAGAAAGAGCUGUGUUGCAAGCUGACUUAGAUACGGCCGAAACAGAACUCAAAUUGUUGGAGGACUCUUCGAAACGAGUUAAGGAAAGACUGGCUUCUUCCGAGUUAGAACUCGAAGCUCUCGAUGCCACACAAGAAAGUAAACGCCAGAAGCUGAAAGAACAAGAAGUAGAAUUAGCUUCGACUAAACAAAGAAUCGUUGACUUAAAGCAAGAAGAUCGUGAACUGUCUGCAAGAGAAGGAAGUAUGGGAACACGCCACAAGCAAUUACUGGUAUGUUACGAGCAUAAUCGCGAGAUGGCAAUCCGAAGCACUACGAUUUCUGUUCCUAAUGCGUUUUCUUUCUCUUCUUUUUAUUCAUUGUCUUCAUUCCAUCUGAUCAUAUCCAAAGGCCCAAGUCGAGGAUGCAAAGUCAGCUCUUAGAGCUUCAGGCGGAGGAAAGUCACGUUCCAAAGCAGUACAAGGAAUUUUGGACGCUUCCAAAAGAGGAGGCGAACUAUCGAAAGUUGGAGUUUUGGGCCGUCUUGGUGACUUGGCCACCAUCAACGAACAAUAUGAUGUGGCUGUUUCGACGGCGUGCGGUAUGCUUGACAACGUUGUUGUGCAGACGACUGCUGGUGCUCAAAGAUGCCUUGAGUUUCUUCGAAAGUACAAUCUCGGACGCGCCAGUUUCAUUCCAUUGGAUAAGCAAAAGAAGGGUGCUCACGAUCGUGUCGUCGAGACCCCUGAAAAUGCACCUCGUUUGUUUGAUCUCAUCACACCUUCAAACUAUGCCAUCACACCGGCCCUCUAUCUUGCUAUAGGAAACACUCUUGUAGCUCCUGAUCUAGAGACUGCAUCACGUUGGGCCUAUGACUAUUCUCGGCGAUGGCGUGUGGUCACUUUGGACGGAAAACUAAUUGAAACUGCAGGGACAAUGUCAGGAGGAGGAAGAAACGUCCGUCGKGGCGGGAUGCGUCUUGGGGUAAGUUUGCCAGCGCGUGAUUAUCCUCGCUCCGAUUAUCAUUUGUAAAUCAAACCAGCUCACACUUUUCGCAUACCCUCUCGUUCCGCAGAACUCUCGUCGUCCAGCCAUCACGGUGGCACCCGGAGAAGACGAGGAAGAGAUCAUCGAAAACAUGAGUCAUGAAGUCAACAAUUUGGGUGCAAAGAUUCAGGAGUCUCGUAAGCGACGACUAGCUAUUAAAGACGAGCUACGAAAGUUGACGAAAGCUGUGAAGCUGUUGGAAACAAGUUUGCCGAAAUUGACGCUAGAAAUUGAAGGGUGCGAUACGACUAGAGAAGAACUGACAAAACUUAUUCCCGAACUUCGUGUGCAGAGCGAAGUGAGCGCUGAAGAUUUGGAGAAGGCAAAAGAGCUUGAAGCCAGAGUCGAAGAAUGUAAAUCGAAUAUGAARUCUUGCGUCGAACUUGCAGAUCGGCUUGAAAAAGAAGUAUCAAAACUACAGAAGAAUAUCCUUGACGCUGGAGGUCCUAGGUUGAAGAAGCAGAAGGCGAAAUGUGGAAAGAUCCUUUCAGAGCUUGACGAAAGGGAGAAGGCUUUGAAGUCUGCCAAAGUUGGAAUUGUUUCGUCCGAGAAGGCUUUGGCGAAAGCAAAAACAGCUAAGGAUGUUUUGUGUCGUCAGCUUGAAAAAUGUGAGGAACUCCUGAAUGAAAAAACGACAGAAUUCAAGACUCUUGAAUCCGAUGCGUUGGCCGUGAUCCAAGCGUAUGAUAAAGUGAAAGAAAUUGAGGAGGAAAAAAGGACCUUACUGGAAACGGCCACGAAAGAGGCUGAAGAUUUGAAGAAAUCUGAAUCUGAAGUCCAGUUGAUUGAGAUCGAUUUGAUAGGACAAUUGGAUGCUCUGAAGAAACAGAUUGCAGAAUGCCAGAAAACUAAAGCUCAUUGGGAAAAAGAGAUCUCUCGUCUCAACAAAGUUGAGGAUGAUUUUGAAAUUGAUGAUGCGAACGAAGAUGGAGAUAUUGAACAAAGUGACAGUUCUGAUGWUGACGACGACGACAAUCAUGCUUCGUCAGCUGAUAUCGAAAUGACUGAUGCAGAGGAAAGAUCAUCGGAGAAAAAGGCAUUAACGAAAUCUCCAUCAUCUACGUCUUUAGUGCUCCCUUAUGAAGCACUCGAAAAAUACGAUCGCGAAGAACUGAAAGAAACCAUUAGUGUUCUACAGAAUGAGCGAAAUGUUCUUGCAAAAAAUGCAAACAUGGGAGCAAUCGCUGAAUACCGUAAGAAGGAAUCGGACUACCUUGCGAGAAUUGAUGAGUUGGAUCAAGUCACAGAGCAACGAAACGAUGCAAGGAAAGAGCACGAAGAACUUCGUCGUCAACGUCUCGAAAUGUUCAUGGAUGGGUUUGGAAUCAUAACUCUGAAGCUAAAAGAAAUGUAUCAAAUGAUUACACUUGGUGGAGACGCGGAACUAGAAUUGGUUGACUCGCUGGAUCCGUUUUCCGAGGGUAUUGUGUUCUCUGUGAGACCUCCGAAAAAGUCUUGGAAGAACAUCAGUAACUUGUCUGGAGGUGAAAAGACCCUUUCUUCGCUGUCUCUUGUAUUCGCACUCCAUCACUUCAAGCCAACACCACUUUAUGUCAUGGAUGAAAUCGAUGCUGCCCUGGAUUUCAAAAAUGUUUCUAUUGUUGCGAAUUAUAUUAAGGAGCGGACAAAGAAUGCGCAGUUUAUUAUUAUUUCACUCCGAAAUAACAUGUUUGAAUUAGCAGAUCGCCUCGUAGGGAUCUACAAGACGCAAAACGCAAGUAAAAGUAUCGCAAUCAACCCAAAAUGCUUCGUAUCUGGACAUAAAACACGCAGCUCUACUACAUCAUCAACAGUUCCGCUUGCUGAUGCAUCAAAUAAUUUUCCAUCUAUUCAUUCUUCGUCAACUUACAAGAGAACAAACCAAAUCGAUCACUGAAAAAUCAGCGUUGGCGGGAUAAAAUGUUGGAUACUUUAAGAAAAGAAUUUGAAGUUGGGGGACGGUUUCUUAUUUUUGUUCAGGUACAAUAAUAAAUCAUCGAGUUG